AUGGCAGACAGCGAGACGCAGCUUUCUGUAGACUCGAAAUCUCUAGCAAGAGAGCACGAAGAUUACAAGCAGAAAACCGUCGACCAACAUGCAUUCGUCGAGAAACUUUUGAAGCUAUUUGCUGAAAAGGAACAAGCCUAUGAAGACCUCAAAUCCGACCUUGAUGACCAGACCGAAAGCCGCCGUCGCUGGCAGAAGCGGGCAGUCGACGUCGAAUCCCGCAUCACAAGCGUACAGCACCUCCUCGUUCUGAUCGACGGCAAUCAGUCCUUCUUCAAGAGCAGCUUCAUACGAGCAGGGACUGUAGGUGCACGCGAGGCCGCUGCAGCAUUCAUAACAGAAGUGAAAGAACUGGCCAAGGCACAGCAUAAGAACGACCUACCAGAAGACAUAUUGUUGGUAGUGCACAUUUUCUCUGAUAUUGGCCGGCUGGCACAGGACCUUUCUACGGCAGGUAACCUUCCAAACCCGGACCAGCUCUGGACUUUUAUCCAGGAUAUUUGCAAGUUAGAGCCAUGUUUCACCGUCAGUGACUGCGGCUCAGGCCGUGAAGCUGUCGAUGCAAAAUUGAAAUAUUACUACGAGUUGUUCAUCGAGAACUGUCAUUGUCGACAUGUUUUCCUGGCUCUUGGACAACAGUCUGAAUACUACAAAAUCCUUCAGUUGUACAGUGAUGAUGACUACACCAAAGGCAAAACUUCCCUCGUACGCCCAUCUCAUGGCUUCGCUCCUGGAGUCGAUAUCGCCUUCCAUACGGUGGAAAUCCUCUCCUUAGAAAGUGUGCCCGAAUCGCUGGGUGGACAAUCGUCCGCAGCUGCUUGGGGUCAGGAUUAUACCAAUCAAGCGUCAGCUACGACUAUUCCAUCGGCCACGUCGGUCCGUGAACAACCUGCACGUCCGACAUACCCUCCAGGCGAUACACUACUUGCAAGCACGGAUGUUGAGGCUCCCAAGAAACCUCCGGAAUCGCGACCGAUGCUCCCUCCCAAGCUCGAACGUGCAGCCGAUUCAUACGGCGAGAUGAAUGGUACCCCGAAGGACGGCGACGAGGAAGAUGCGGCCGGCAUCGUCAAGCUUGAGUCGUCAGCACACUCUUCUUCACAAUCUAACAAAGCCGCGGAACAGAGCUGGGAGAUGAAUGUGAGCGAAAACAGCUACGCACCUCCACCCAUUCAAGGUGCCUGGGGUGAGGAGGCAAGCCAUUCUGCUACUGUACAUGACGAUCAUGGCGAUGAUCAAGCGUACUCACGAGACCGCCGAGGUUUGUCAAAGCCACGCGGGGACUCUCGCCGAGGCACAAAUACUAGCAGCAAGCGCAAUCAGAACCCGGCCUGGAAACAGGACCGAUCAAACCCGAAUCCUUCUUUUUCACGUCCUGCGGGAAGAGCUCCUAGGCAGUUCGAAGGAUCUUGGGACGAUAUUGUGGAACAGAAACCAAGUCGACGACCAUCCCAGGUAAGCUCAAUGCGAGCCACCCCAGAGCCACCCACAUCUCCCAGGUCAAAUGGCAUUUCCGCUGCCGCUUUCACACGUCAAGUCGCUUCUAGGCCGGAGCCAAAUCCCGGCCAACGUCCCAUAUGCUCGCCGAUAGCGCUCAAUAAGCUUGAUCAGCGCAUCGACUUGAAACUGCCGCGUCCCUCGCCAGAUGAUCAAGAAUUGUUCGAUUUGCGCACACGUGUGCGCAGACUGUGUAACGAACAUCACCUGCGUUCCAAUUGCAACAACCCGAGUUGUGCUUAUGACCAUGAAUCCAUAUCUACUGGUGUUUACCUGGCGCUGAGAAACAAAGCACGUAGGCUACCUUGCACCAUUGGUCCAGAUUGUCGUCGACAUGACUGCUUUGGAAGUCAUCAUUGUCCCAACGUGUCCCAUGCAUCAGCCUGCGGCAGACCCAAAUGUCCGUUCGAAGCGAAAGGCAUGCAUGAAAUCACUAAUUUGGAGAUUGUCCGAACAAUCGAGCCGCCAGCUGCAAAUGGGGCAUGA